AGUGUGAACUGAUUCUCGAAACACAGUUUGACUCACUCCAUGUUAUCAAUGUCGUCCAGAAGACUGCUGAUCAUCUGUCUACUGAUUGCCUGCUCCUGGUCAUUGGCUAAUUCAAAACGUCGAAACAGACCGAAAUUCCAGAAAGGUGAAGGAAGAUGUGACAAAGGACAAGUGUGUGGAGCAGGGUGCGUGUGUCGAACGGAAGUGAUCACAAAGACCUCACGCUUCCCAAAAUGCAAUGGUAUCCGUUCAGAGGUUAUAGCCAGAACCGAGGAGUGGAAGAAUGCUACUGUCCGUUCUACAGUAGCCAAUACCACCCUGAGCGACUAUUACACGGACGACACCUGGUUCCUGUACCAGACAAUUGCAGUGUUUAGGGGCCCACCAGUGGGAAGAACGGGUUCCUUACAGAGUUUUUAA